CAGCACUCAGCCCAAGUCAAGGAAGAAGUUGUGUAACUAGAAAUCCCGGUGUGGGGAAAUCAUAAACGUCACGCCCGGUUUCCAGGAAAGUGGGUUCUUUACAGUAGUUCUAUGUUUACCUGCAGAAGUUAAGCUACCCAUUGGAUCUGUCAAACUGAAUGUUUCUAGUAUUUGUUGGAAAAUUCAAAGACAGACGUUGAGUUGGGGCUGAGUGUUAUUAUGAGAUGUUGCCUCUCAGUGCCUCUUUCGUGCAAAUCAAGUUUGAUGACAUCCACUUCUACGAGAACUGCGGCGGCGGCAGCUUCGGGAGCGUGUACCGAGCCAGGUGGAUCCCUCAGGACAAAGAGGUGGCGGUGAAAAAGCUGCUCAAGAUCGAAAAUGAGGCUGAAAUCCUCAGUGUACUAAGCCAUCGGAACAUCAUUCAGUUUUAUGGGGCGAUCCUUGAAGCACCCAACUAUGGAAUCGUCACUGAUUAUGCCAGUGGAGGAUCCCUGUAUGACUACCUGUCCAGUGCAGAGAGUGAGAAGAUGGACCAGGAACAUGUCAUGACUUGGGCCAUGGAGAUUGCCAAAGGCAUGCACUAUUUACACUCAGAGGCCCCAGUCAAGGUUAUCCACAGAGACCUGAAGUCCAGGAAUGUGGUUGUGACGGCAGACAGAGUUCUUAAGAUCUGUGAUUUUGGGGCGUCCCGGUUCCACUCCCACACCACACACAUGUCCCUGGUAGGCACGUUCCCCUGGAUGGCCCCGGAGGUCAUCCAGAGCCUGCCCGUGUCUGAGACCUGUGACACCUAUUCCUACGGCGUGGUUCUGUGGGAGAUGCUAACCCGGGAGAUUCCCUUUAAAGGCUUGGAGGGUUUACAAGUCGCCUGGCUGGUGGUGGAGAAGAGUGAGAGGUUAACCAUUCCCAGUAGCUGCCCAGACAGUUUCGCUGAGCUGAUGAGGAAGUGCUGGGUGACUGAUCCCAAGGAAAGACCCAUGUUCAAACUUAUCCUUACAACCUUGGAGACCAUGUCCAAUGACAGCAAGCUUCCAGAGCAGUGCAACUCCUUCCUACACAACAAGGCAGAAUGGAGCUGUGAGAUCGAGGCCACACUCGAGAGACUGAAGAAGUUGGAGAGGGAUCUGAGCACCAAAGAGCAGGAACUGAAGGAGAGAGAACGUCGCCUGAAGAUGUGGGAGCGCAAGCUCAUCGAGCAGUCCAACACCCCGAUUAGCACUGAGUCGUUCUAUGAGUCUAAGACGGAGGAGUCGAACAGUUCGGAGAUGACGUGUCAGAUCACAUCCUCCAGUAACGGGGAGGUGGAGGGGAUGAGUCUGCAGGCCAUGAUGAAGGGCUUUGGGGACAUGUUUGCCUUGGACAUGGGGGGCUCCGUCCUGCACUCUGGCAUGCAGGGCAACAUGCAGGCCAAGCAGAACUCUUCCAAGUCCAGCAGUGUCAGAGAGGGCCGCAAAAUCAACAUGGCCUUGGGGAUGUCAGACGACAGUGAUUAGAGCAACCUGAUUGGUAACAUCCGUAACAUCUGUCCAUCAAUCACUUUGGCCUGUGUCUAAACUGUGGUCUUGCAGCAAGCUCCCAUGCAUAUUCCUUUUCACAUUAAUGGUGUUAUGGAAGCCAUCUUCAAACAUUAGAUCAUUCAUUACUAAUAGCUUUUUAUUCCUUGACUGUUUUUGUUGUUGGAACAAUCCAUUUUUCACACGUUCUUUUGAAAAACAAUAAAGCAUAUCCAAAGAUACAAUACUUGUUGUAGCACAGAGAUGUUCUCACCGUAUGAACACAAUGUAUUAGAAACCUUCCUCCUACAUGGCUCACAUGGAUGUCAUUAAUGCCUAAUGUACUGGAUGUAUAGUGCCAUGCUGUAAAGCAUCAUGUGAGCAACUUGCAUUGAGGAGGCAAAGCUUUUAUGACAUUUUGCUGACAUUAAGAUUGGCCAAUUUGUUCUGAAUGUGGUGGAGUGCAGUUGCUCUGAUUGAGUCUCUCACCAGGACGAGAAUGUACAUGUUGUGUCCCUCAGCUGACCCUGACUCAUGUCAGCAGGAGAGAGAGAAAAAGUUUCCCGAUAUCCAUGUUAAACUACAGACUUCCUGUGCUCUUUUUCUGUAUAUACAGUGUUUGGAAUAUUUGGAUUUCAGGCCCGCAUACCAUGGCUUAUUGGUGAAAAGUGCACUACAGGUGUUUGUGUAGUCUCGCUUCGCGUGCUGGUUGACAGCUGCAUGUUAUAGAUGCAUAUAAUCAGGAUGUUUGUGAGGAGUACCUUAGACUACAACACCUUGACAGGGGUAAGUUCUCAUAGACAAAAGGCAACUAUUAAGGACCUUUAUUCCACUAACUCUGUUAUUCAGUGGUAGGUUGGCCUUUCAUUCAAUUAUUUAGGAAGUAAUAACAGUAUCUCUUUGGAGAGAUGAUAUGAAAUACUCUUUAGAUGGCUUCUCUAAGCUAAUGAUUAUCUUUCAGCUAAACAUGUAUGCAUCUGCACCAACAGUUUUGACCACUGACAAAAGUGUGUUUAACCAUACCCAAACUGAGCCUAUUGAAGCUCACAUUAACAAGUGCCAUCACCAAAUGCCCUGUAAAUUCUGCUAUUUAUGGUCAUAUGGGACCUCAUCUCUUCUAAACAUAUCCAAUAUGGAGGAUAUUUCUGUCUGACUCUGGCCCUACAGGUUCCACCUAUUUCUACUUAGUUGAUGUAUGUUUUUGUAUUCUGUUGUGUAGUUCUUAAACCUAGUCACUCCGAAACCCAUCCAUUGACAUAGACAAUAACCAACCGAUACACCUCCUGAUGUGAAAGUCAACCACUUUGUAAGGUAUUUUCAGGACAUCGAAUACCCAGAGUUGCAAUAUGAUCUAUGCAAACUUCAGCACCUUGGAUUAGUCCAAUUCCUUGGAUUAUUCCGAUAGAGUUAUGGCACACCAUUAAAGAGACACUAUUAGACAGACUGCUGUUUGACAUGAACAUAUUUUCCUGCAACCUCUACUGUUCCUUGUUUUUCAAUAAACAUUUUCUCAUUAAACUUCCUGCUUUGGUUCUUUACUCUCUCUGUUUUCUUACAUUUCCUUCUUCUUCGAUGAGGUUUAACGGCGGUUGGCAUCCAGUAAAUGUUGCAUUACCGCCACCAACUAGACUGUAGUAUAACUCCCUUAUACUUUGCUUGAAAAAGUCAAAUGCAUUUAAAAUACCCUACUCUCAUUAAAACCCAACCACCCUACUCCACUAUUUAAACAUUUCUAGUCCUACCUCAGGCCAACAUCCUGAAAGGACGAUACACACUACCACUCAACAAACCCUUGAACCCGGCAACUCUUACUGACGCAUAUAUCAUAUUUUGGCCAAUCCCUCUGUACUGAUACAGAUCUACUACUCACACAAAUCCUGUCAGGAUCCCUCCCCUUUGACCCAUCUUCCUCAACUUUCUUCACUACCUCAGCAUACGACACCUUCUGCUCUACUGUAACCCUGGACACUUCUGAUCCCCAGCUCCAUGGGCACUCCUACAAUCAACACAUACAGCUUUUUUCCCCAAUGUUACACGUUCCUUUGUCUCAUGCCCUUCUGCACACUGCUCACACCAAGGACCCUCCCUCCUACACACUGCUGCCACAUGCACAUAAGCUUGACACCUGUUACAACGUAACAACCUGUAACAAGCUUUUGCGAGAACUAAAAUAUCCUAACCUCACUUUGUUGGGCAGAGACUCAACAUGAAAACUCUAAAGAACAGCCAGUGACUCUUCUGCUUCAGCACCCACGCCACCUUGUCUGUGUUGCACCAAACGACGAGCAUCACAAACACUGGGAAUCUUCCCCUUCAGUUGGUCAACCUUCACAUUUACUGCUACCCCAGUAAUCGCUCCUUUCAAUGGCGCCCUUUUCUUGGGAGCAAUUCAAGUCACAUCUAUUGUCCCAAUUAGUUUGGCGCGAAGCCUCUGCUCCCUCUGACCAGCAGAAACACAAACAAUUAUCACAAGACCACUUCGGGUUACCUUCACCGAUUCCACAGUACCAAACACAUUUUUCACACACUGAAACCACAAAUGGAUCAGACAAAAGGCAGCGGUCCACUUCCUCCAAAAAUAUCCCUCCUACAGUCAUAGACUCGUCUUUAUCCUGACCAUCAGUGCAAGCCUCAGGCUCCGAGGACUUCACCACACCUGCCACCUCUGAUAAUUCACACUCACUCACUUCCAUUUCUCCUCCUGUCUUCAAUCUGGCGUAGGUCUCACACUGCUUCCACUUUCUGCCAUUCUUUUGACAAACCAUCUCCCUUUUCCCCCCCAAAGUGUUUACCUGACUCGAGCUCACCCUCUUCCUCCGUCUCUCUCUUUGACCUCCUCUGCCUCUCUUUUUCCCUCCAUUCCUCCUCUGUAUAUGUAUGUGUCUCGUUAUGGUAAUGCUGUACUUCUCCUAACAUUCAUCUCAUUCUUGCCCUCUUAAGGGAUGCCAUUCUCCCACUAUCAUCCUCAAUCUUUGUCUUCUCACAUUUCCUCUUGGUUUUCCCAGUUUUUUGUUGUUGUUGUUACCUUGAAACUAACAACUAAUUCAAAAACGUUACAAUAAUGUCACAACAAAGGUUUGUUAGCCACAAAAUUCCAAAUGUGGCCAAGACAAUAAGAAACAUUUUGUGCUGGGAGAAAAUAAAGAAAAUGUGACUGGUGUUAGAAAUAUAACUUCAGAUGUGGUCUGGAAUAACUGUUUUUAACAUGUAAGACCUGAAAUCAGUCAUAUUCCAUUUUAAUUGAUUUGCAUUAGACCCAUGUUCACACAUUAGUCCUCAAGGUUUCAAAUAAAUAUAUAAUCAAUGGUGUGACUUCUAUCAUUAGCUAACUGGGCACCACUCAUACUUGGCGCAGAACAUCAAUUUGUAUUGUAUAUGUUACACUUACGGACAAUGUCUGCUUAAUUGCCCCUGCGGGGGAUUGACAAAGUCAUGUUGAAUUUGUGGUGUAGCCACGAGCCAACAGGUUUCCAAUGCUUUUCCGCCUCUAUAGUGUAAUCAACUUGCUACAGUAUACUCCCAUUCCACAUGGGGGCAGAGUUGUGUGAACUACUGAACUCCUCUUCCCCGCCAAAGGAAUCCCAAAGGCUGAGCAAUUUCUACUGAUAUCCCCCCAUCCUUCCCCUCCUGUCAUCAAUUAAGAUCUGUUUCCGUUUGUCAACAGUAUGCUAAGGAUUUUAUUAAACGAUUUGAAGUAAUUUGUGACAUACAAUAUGACUCCUGUAAUCGCGAUAUUAUGUCACUUUAAUUAGGCAAAAUCUGUUAUGGAACUGUGGCAGUAGUGUAGGGGUGGUGUUUUUUUUAUGUGAUUACUUCCGAACCAUACCACUGGAGUAGACGAAAAAUGCAGCUGGGGGCGAGGGACUUCAGACGGAGGCUGCAAAGAAGUGUAUCGCGCUAAUUCUAAAACGGCCCUCUUUUGAAUGCGAUCUGUUGAGAUUGCCAUUCAUCUCAGGCUCUGGGCUGUUAUACGAUUCCGUGGGAAGCAAAUAGAGAAUGCUCCGAUUAGUAAUUAAUUUAGUCAUCUUCCCCUCAAUUCUCCCGGUGCAUCGUUUCUGCCACCACAUAGCAGCCUCGUGAUCAUAAUGAUGAAAUUUGCAUUUUGUCUGGCUACUUUCUGCCUGUUUAUACUUAAUGAACAGUAAAUGAUUUCUCUUUAAAAAUGCAUCAUGAAAGACCAGUCAGAUGGGCAUUGGACACAUUUUAGUUUCUAGACAUUUUAGGACCCAGUCAUCUUGAUUGCAGAAUACUAGCUGCAAAAACCAUUGCUAUAAGACAUGGUAAACAUGUCUUGGAAUGAAGUAAGCCUGUAUAUAAUGUAUACUGUAUGUAAUGCACCGAUGUUCAUAAUGAUUUACUUGCACACAUGAAUGCAAAAUCUGUGUCAGAGUCCAAACAUGAAGAAUAGGCAGCAUUUCUUUCUUUGAGCUGUGCACAUUUGUACUACGUGACAUUAGAGCAGUAUUCCCUAGUGCUCAUUCAGUUUUG